AUGGGCAGCGGAGAUACGAUGGAGCAUUCUUCACCGAAGACAAUUAGUCCAACUAUGUACAAGUUGACAGAAGCCGUCUUCAUGACCGUAUCUGGCGGUGUCUUCGGAGCUGCUUUCGGCGGUAUAACAGGAACAUUCAUCAUUGCCCCAAUGGUCCGGCGUUACCCUCGAGCCCUAGCCGAACUGACACGAACUCAGGUUUUGUUCAGCUUCAUAAAAACCCUAAACCCCUUUUCCAACAUGGUCUCAGGAGCAGGUGCUGGGUUGGCAACCUCUUUUGCGAUGAAAGGCUUGAAAGGACAACCUGCACACGCACUCUUCGGCGCUGCUUAUUUCGCUGCUUUGGCAGGAACAUUUGUGACAAUCAAAUCACGCAAUGCCCAAGACGCCUUUUACACAGAGGCAAGAACUAUGCUGUCGAAGCUAGGCCUUGAGGAAUACGAGAAGAACUUCAAAAAGGGACAUCUCACUGAUCCCACCUUACCAUUGCUCACUGAUAGUGUCCUACAAGAGGUUAACAUUCCACCAGGGCCAAGGCUUUUGAUACUAGAUCAUAUCGAGAGGUACAAUAAGAUGGUAAACCGCAAGCGAGGAAAGCAGUCCAACAUGGAUUGGUUGUGA